AUGUCGACGCCUUCAGCAGAAGCGACUAAAACGAGCAUUGAAGAAUCACCAGAUGUAGCUGCUCCUGCAGCUCCUCCUGCACCUGUAAAUGCGUCCCUAGACCCUCCUGAAGAGAGCGCCGAGCAGUUACCGUCAGAAACCAUAGGCGAAGUUGACGGAACCACGAAAGCUGGCGAAACCGGAGAAGUUAGCGAAACCGGCGAAAUCGCGAAAGCUGGUGAAGCCGGCGAAAGCGAGCAAGCUGCCGGGGCAGAGGAAGAGGAGGAAUACCACAGCGAUCUUGAGGAUGACGUGGAAUUAGUUCCGAGACGACGCGGCGCGAGCGAUGAUGAGGGUGAAGAGGGAGAGGAGGGCGAUGAGGAGGGGUUUUUGGAUGGUGCGGAGGGGGAUGGAGGGGAAGAUUACGAGGAAGCGUAUGAAGAGGCGGAAGAAUCGGAGGGUCUUGAUGAUGGGGCAGGCGGUUACGCGGAAGAAGAUGCUCGUCUCGGCGCCGCUGACGCGGCAAGUUCUGACGGGGAGAUGCCAGGGUUUGGUGACAUGGCGGCAGCAGGAGGGGCAGCAUCAGGUCCGGAGGCGGUCAAGGUAAUUGGCGCGGAGGGGACAGACCGGCCGGGGGGGGAGGUACAAGGCGCGGAAGCGGAGAGUACAGCGGAGGGCCAGGGCGGAGCAGCGGAAGGGGUUGCGGCGGAAGGGGCUGGUGCGGAAGGUGGUGCCGCGGAAGGGGAUGCUGCGGAAGGAGCAGCGGAAGGAGAAGCGGAAGCGGAGGUGAAGAAGGAAGCAGAGCCGUUUGUGGUGCCGACGUCUGGCGCGUUCUACAUGCAUGAUGACCGCUUCGGUGAAGGCCAAGGCGGGGGACGAUCCAGGGGCGGAAGGGGCGGGCGCCGUCUGUGGGAGUCCGGGCGGGAGGAGAAGAAGUGGAAGCACGACCUGUUUGAGGAGCUGGAGCAGGAGGAGAGCAACGGGUACCGGGAGCAGGGCGGGGGGGGUUAUGGCGCUGGCGACCCGUUUUUUGCUGCUGCGACCCAGCAAGCAGAGGGCGCAGCAGGAGCUGCAGCAGGAGGAGCAGUAGGUGGUGCUGCUGCUUCAGGUACUGCUGGUGCUGGUGGUGGCUCUGGUGGUGUUCCAAGCGCGUGGCGUGGCGUUAUGGGGUCGGCACCAGCAGCAGUCCCCGUCCCCGGUACUGGCAUCCUCGCUAGCUCCCCCUACGCUGCAUCUGCAUCAUCAUCAUCAGCAGCAGCAGCAGCAGCAGCAGCAGGAGCAGGGGCAGGAGCAGGAGCAGGAGCGGGGGGAGCAGGCAUGGUGUCAAAUCUGGCGCAGGGGAUAGGGGCUAUGUCAGUAACCCCCGCUGGAGCAUCUGCUGCUGCCUCGGGUGCAGGAGGCACAGGGACGGGAGGGGUAGGAUGGCAGGACAUGGGUGCGGAAGGAAGGGGAGGCGGGGGCGGGAGGGGGGGCGCAGCAGCAGGUUUGGGAAUGGGUGGGCGCGGGAGAGGCGGGAGAAGGGGGAGGGGGGGGCGAGGGUAUAUGGGGACGGGUUCUGGUGCAGGGGCAGGGGGAGGGGGGGCGGAAGGACCGGCAGGGGGCGCGGGAGGAGGAAUGGGAGGAGGAGGAGUAGGAGGAGGAGCAGGAGGAGCAGUCAGAGGCAGGGGUUAUGGCGGCGGGUACGAAGGGAGGGGAGGAAGAGGAGGGAGAGGAGGGAGAGGGGGUCGAGGAGGAGGGUAUAGGUACUUGGGUGGGCAAGGCAUGGGGGGGGAUGUUGGGGGGGGCUGGGCGGGGGGAGGGGGAGCGCAGGGGGUGACAGGAGGGGGUGUCUCUGGCGGGCGAGGGCAGGAGCAUUAUAACUGGCAGCAGCAGCAGCAGCAGCAGCAGCAACAGCAGCCGCAGCAGCAGCCGCAGCAGCAGCAGCCACAGCAGCAAAAGAAACUGACAGCGGUCGGGGUGCGUGAUUUUGUGCCUGCCAGCCAGCAGCAGCAGCAGCAGCAGCAGCAGCAGCAGCAGCAGCAACCGCAGCAAUAUUACCAUCAGCAGCAGCAGCAGCAACAGCAGCAUUACUACCAGCAACAGCACUAUCAGCAGCAGCAGCAGCAGCAGCAGCAGCACUACCAGCAGCAGCAGGCGCGGUGGCAGCAGCCGCGAUCCCAGGUUGCUUCUGGUGCAAAUGGGACUGAUGCAGGGGGAGGUACAUAUGGGGAAGGCUCUACCCAGGCGGGAGCAGCAGGGGCGGCAGACGGAUGGGGAGUGAAGGGGCGAGUGGAUGGGGUUUCAGGGGGAGGAGAAGCAGGAGGAGCAGCAGCAGCUUCAGCUGAGAAUGGAUCCGGAGGGGGUGGUGAUGUAGUGAAAACGAGCACGGGUGCAGCUGUGGCAGCAGCGGAAGGGGCAGGAGCAGCAGGAGGAGGAGGAGGGGGAGGAGCAGCAGCAGCAGCGGUGCCAGGAGCAGCAGCAGAAGGAGGAGCAGGGGGAGUAGCACAGGCCGGAGCACAGGCAGGAACAACAGCAGUGGGGUAUGCGGAUCAGGCUGGUAGCAGCAGCAGCACUGGUGGAUUAGACGUAACUGCUGAUAUGCAUCAAAACGCAGGGAUGGGUGCGGGGAUGGGUGGAGGCAUGGGCGCGGGUAUGGGCGCAGGGAUGGGCGCAGGGAUGAUGGUACUGGGAAUGGAUGGAUCGACCAUGCAUAUGGACGGGGGAGUGGCCAUGGGGGGUCAGGCGAUGCAGAGUGGGGCAAUGCAGGGAGGAGCGAUGACUGCAGGAGGAAUGGGAGGAGCGGCAGGGAGUAUGAUGAGAGUCAGUGCUCCGGAUUACACUCCCAAGGGCAUGCAGAUGCAGCAGAUGCAGUAUGGGCAGCAGCAGCAGCCGGGAGGGGCGGCGGCGGCGGCAGCAGCGGCUGCUGCGGCGGCGAUGGGCAUGGCAAUGCCGGCGUAUUCCAUGGGGCAGGCGCCGCACUAUGCCUAUGCGAGCACUGAGGUCACUUGGGUGCCAGUGCUGACGCCAGGGGGAGUGGGAGCGGCGCAGCUAGCAGCAGGGGGAUACGGGCAGCCGUUCAUAGCAGCAGUGGAUCCAUCCAACCCCACUGCCGCGCUCUACUAUGCGCCUGCUUCCGCUGCUGGCCAGCAGGCUGCCGUUUACGCCGCUGGGGGCAGUGCACCUGUGGACAUCUCAGCGUCGAUCGCCUCUGCUGCAGCUCUCUGGAAACCGCCACAGCAGCAGCAGCUGCCAUCCGCCACAGUUACAGAAGUGCUUCCUGGUGACCAGGAGUACCACUCAUCACAGCAGCAGUGA